GGCAGGGCAUCACUUUGCAAAGCGAUCGACUAAAUUUAACCGUUGUGUAUAUUAUUUGGAGUGAGUGUAGAGUCGUCCACGAAAACGUCUAUCAAACACUUUCUUGACGCCAUGAUAGUCGAGUUUUAGUUUUAGCCAUUACAAGCGCGGCCUUUAUUUGAUAAAAGAAACCACCCAAGUCAUCGGAUGAUACCAGCGAGCUGAGUUAGCUAAGCUAGCUACAUAGCCUGAAACAUGCCGAAUUUUUGCGCGGCCCCAAACUGUACACGGAAGAGCACUCAGUCAGAUUUAGCUUUUUUUCGGUUUCCUCGAGACCCAGAGAGAUGCAGAAUCUGGGUGGAGAACUGCCGCAGGGCAGAUCUAGAGGCCAAAACAUCGGAUCAGUUGAAUAAGCAUUACAGGUUAUGUGCCAAACACUUUGAUCCUGCCAUGGUUUGUAAAACUAGUCCCUAUAGGACUGUAUUGAAGGAUACAGCCAUUCCAACCAUAUUUGAUCUCACAAGCCACUUAAGAAAUCCUCACACCAGACAUCGCAAGCGUAUUAAAGAACUUACUGAAGAGGAUAUAAAGAAGAUAAAAGAAAGGAGAUUGGCAUCUUCGACUGCACAACUUGUCUCCAAGAAAGACGAAGAUUGCACAAACACCAAUGAGGAUGAACCUCAGCUGUCAACAGAGGAGAAGGAGUAUCGUGAUCACUUAAAGUCCUUGUUUGAAACUCUACUCAUGUUGGCCAAACAGGGGAUCCCGUUAGUGGCAGACAGAGUGUCUGAAGCUGACUGCAAGUCCAACAAUUUCCAGAACCUCCUCGAUUACUGCAUGAAUGCUGGAGAUGAAGCUCUGAGGAAGCGGUUUGAGGCGACAGCUGUGAACACAGAAUACCUUUCUGCAACCCAGCAAAGCCAGCUGCUGGACGUUUGUGAGAACACAGUGAGAGAGGAGAUGCUCAUGGAGGUUCGAGAGAGUCGUUUCUUCUCACUGGUGACAGGCGACCUUGUUGAAUUUGCCAAUGAGAAACACCUACCUCUUUUUUUACGCUUUGUGAAUCAGCAGAAUAUUCUCAGAGAGGAGUUUUUGGACUUUAUCCCAUUUGGAGAUGGGGAUGAGUCCGCACUGGUGGAGAGGCUUGAAGCCCAGCUGACCGAACGCUGGGGGCUCAGCAUGGAAGACUGUCGCGGUCAGGCCCACAAGGCCACCGGGAGUUCCACCACCAAGAUGAAAGCUGUGGCUGUACUUCUCAUGGAGAAGUAUCCUCUUGCAUUGCACAUGCCUUGCUCUCAUAUGGUGUUGAACAUCCACCUGGCCAACAACCUACCUUUUCCCAAUGUCCAGGUUGUCAUGGAAACUCUGAGGAGGAUUGGUGCUUUCUUUAAAAUCCCGUUAACUCAGGCUGAAUUAGAGAAAGCCAUCUCAAUUCACUAUCAGAAGAAUGAGGAGAGAGGAACGGCACUAAAACAAGCUUGUAGGUCAGGUUGGACAGAGCAGCACAACGUCUUUGAUGUGUUGCUGGAUAUAUUACCUGCACUGUUGGUGUGCAUGGACAAUGUUCGGGACAAUGUUGAUGGACAUUUCGCCAGCUCUACCACAGCAAAUGCAUAUUUAAUUGCAGAAAUUCUUGCUGACUUUGAGGUCAUUGUCACCAUAGUCAUCUUAAAGAAUGUCCUUACGUUCACCAGAGCCUUUGGGAAGAAUCUACAAGGGGAAACACUUGAUGUGUUUUCUGCUGCUAACAGUCUGACGGCAGUCCUGCAUUCUCUACAUGAAGUUAAUGAUAACAUUGAUGUUUACCAUGAAUUCUGGUACGAGGAGGCUAUGAGCAUGGCAGCCAUGAUGGAGAUUCCUGUAUCGAUUCCAAGGCUGUUCCUCCGGAAGCAACGAGCAGCUGAAGUGGCUGAAGUCCACGCAGAGCCGUACUUCAAGGAGUAUGUGACCAUACCGGUAAUCCGUGGCAUCAUGCAGGAGGUGGAGGACAUGUUCUCUGACACCAACCUCAAAGCUCUGAAGUGCCUGUCGCUGGUUCCAGCUGUCAUGGGCCAAAUGAAGUUUAACACCACCGAGGAGAACUACGCCGACAUUUACCGUAGCGACCUCCCCAAUCCUGACACGCUUCCCGCCGAGCUUCACUGCUGGAGGAUCAAAUGGAAACAUAGAGGCAAAGAGGUGCGCCUGCCCACCACCAUUCACGAAACGCUGCAGCUUCCAGACGUCAAGUUCUUCCCCAACGUCAACUCCUUCCUGAAGGUGCUUUCCACUCUGCCGGUGCUCAAACCCGAAGACGGCAAAAGUGACACAGCAAGUGAACGUCUGCAGGCUUAUCUUGAUAACAUGCAUGCUCAGCAGUGGAACAAAAGUCUUGCAAUGCUCCACGUUAACACUCAUGUUAAACAUGACCUGGAUGUCAUGGUAGACAAAUACUGCCGACUGUAUCCAGAGGAUGACGCGGAAACAGAAGCUGACGAAACAGCUGAGUAAGAUGUGACAAAAUGAGCUAGCAGUGACCUCAACUUACUGUCUUGGGAAAAAACUGAAUGAAUUUGUUUUACUUAAUUUGUAUUAUACUUGUAAUAAGUUAUUGGAGCUUAAGUUCUUGGGGGAAAAAAAACAAUGUUGAGGCUGUGAUCUUUUUAUUAUUCAAAGUUCUGCAUCAGGAUGUUGAAAUAUGUUUCUCUGUAAAGACACUAUAACCUGUAGAACAGUAUUGUAUUUGUUUUUUACGUCACCCUUUUUGUUCAACUUUGGUAGAUGAGUCUUGUUCCUUGAGUAAAACAUUGGCAUCUUUUCACUGUGUGCUUUUAAAUCAAACCACAUGAUGGAGACAGUUAGCUUGGAUUUAAAAUGCAGCACUUCCACUGGCUGAAGCUAGAAGAGAACAAGAGAGAGAGGGAUUACUUCCAUGUCAACACCAUCUAUGAAUAAAUUCCUCAAGAAUUACUGCUAUUUUUACAUUAGUUGUCUAAACAUCAAGUGUCAUGACAUCAUCGGAAAGGAAAAUGCCAUUGACUUUGUUGUGUACAUUAUUGUUAAAAUUUGGAUUUAAUGUAGAUGUAGCUGAUAGUUUUGUACUUUACUGUUAUUAAUGAUGCCACCUAGAUUUUAAAUUUUGCUUCCAGUUUCAAUUAAACGCUUUGUAAAGAACUAAAAUAAAUAAGUACA